CCGCCUGUAUAAGCGGAGGAGACACCGGGCCCCUCACACCGGCUGGCACGUCUGAUCGAGGACGGCCCAGCGCCGCCGGGUGCUCGGCGCGGUCCUCUGCUCGACGUCACGGCCCGGAGACGGCUCGCCGCAGUCGUCAGAAGAGCUCGCAACGGGGAGGACCGGCUCAGUUGUUUGCGGGAGGCCGCUGGUGGAGGGUGGGCGGAGGAAUCUUGAGUGGACAGACGGAAGAGACCUGGUGUCGAGAGGAAGAGGAAGAGGAAAAGUCGGGCAGCUCGAUGUGGGUCAUGUUGUUUCGGUGGUGUGUCUACCUCGCCCUGCUGGUGAUGGCUGGUAGCGUCGGAGCGGCACACGACAACAGAAGAGAGCGCCGCCAGGCUGGCUCCUCCUGUGUCAGCAGCGCCGGCCGGCCGGGUCUGUGUGGCGGUAUCCGCUCCUGCCAGCCGCUGGUCCGCCUGCUGCAGGAGGCCAAACGCGGCGGCUCGGCGGCGCGGGCCGCCCUCGGCCGUCUGCGCCAGGAGACUGCGCGCUGUCCGUUCCGCGGCAGCACCCCGCAGGUCUGUUGUGAGACCGGCGGCGCGACUGGCGGCCAGGGAGAUGCCCAGUUCAACGCCGCGCGGCCCGCCACCCAACGGCCGCAGGGGUUCAACCCCGGCCGAGGGCCGCCGGCGAGGCCGCUGUUCUUUGUGAAUCGUCCGAGCCAGACAACUCAGAGGCCCUUCCAGCCCUUCACCCAGCGACCAGCCCAGCCGUUCACCCAGCGACCAGCCCAGCCCUUCACCCAGCGACCAAUCCAACAGUUCACCCAGCGACCAGCCCAGCCCUUCACCCAGCGACCAGCCCAGCCCUUCACCCAGCGACCAGCUCAGCCGUUCACCCAGCGACCAGCCCAGCCCUUCACCCAGCGACCAGCCCAGCCCUUCACCCAGCGACCAGCCCAGCCCUUCACCCAGCGACCAGCCCAGCCGUUCACCCAGCGACCGACACGCCGACCGCUGACCUCAGUAGGUCGACAGCCACUGGCUCAGUCGGUGCUUCCCGAUGAGAACGUCUGCGGGCGACGCACCUUUAGUACGCGUAUCUUUAACGGCCAGGAUGCUGACAUCGGUUCCUGGCCGUGGGCGGCCUCAAUCGGCUACCGGGAUAAUUCCAACGGCGAGUUUAGCUGGGCGUGCGGUGCGACUCUGAUCACGGACCGGUACCUGGUCACGGCGGCGCACUGCCUCACGAACACACGAAGCUUCAGACCGGUUAUAGUGCGUCUGGGUGAACUGGACUUUAACCGUGAGCCCGACUGUCUUCGAGACAACCCGUCUGUGUGCGCCGACCCCCACCAGGACGUGGCUAUCGCUAGCAUCAAGACCCACCCAGGCUACGGGGGGUUAUUCCGAAACGCACACGCAGACGAUAUUGCGCUCGUUCGUCUGGUGCGAUCAGUACAGUUCACCGAGUUCAUUCGCCCCAUCUGCCUGCCUCUGGACCUCUCACGCUUCAAAGAGGGAACAGACAACGCGAACGGCCAGAAGGUCUACGCAGUCGGCUGGGGACGGUCUAGUGACGAGGACGUGGAGAGCUUCACUCCGAUCCUGCAGGAGGUGGUGCUGGACGUGGUGCCGGCCUCCGACUGCGAGAACGCCUUCCGUAGCAACAGGCAGCUGACUAGCUUCGGCAAGCGUCUGUGUGUGUCGGGAGUCAGUCGCGGCGCUGACACGUGCAAUGGCGACUCAGGAGGACCGCUGAUGGUUCCAGACCGAUUCGGCGUCAACUGGUACCUGACCGGGGUCACGUCGUUCGGCGCGAGAAACUGCGGCACUCGGGAGGCCGUCUUCACACGGGUGCACGAGUACUUGGACUGGAUACGCAGCAACAUCAGUUAAGUGUGCCCCCAACUGAUGUUGACCGGGGGUUAUAGAGAGGACUGUCAAGAAUGUUCAGUUUUGCUACAUAUAACAAGUGGCAGCACAUUGAAGUGGCGAGUGGCGGCAAGACAACUGGAAAGACCGAUCAAAAGUCAAGACGGAAUCAGUACUUGUUGUGGUCGUAGGGCUGUUUUAACCCAGAAAUGUUUUAGAUAGCGCGCUCACUUCUGCGUUGCAACUGAUCGUGCUGAUAACAUACGGACGCAUGGACGUAUAACAUACGUCCAUACAUAUUACAUAACAUUUAGAUCUCGCCUGAUAAGUGCAUCUCAGAACGAACAACAAAUACACGUUGUUGGUGUA